AUUAUCUCGUUAUUGGGAUAAGUGGAAGAAACUUAACAGCACUCAAACCAUUAAUACUAGAGAUUUCUUAAAAUUUGAAGGCAUCAUUAAAGUAUAUUAAUAAAGAAAUAAUCAGAUGAAUUUGGUGUACACAUCAAAUUAUUUUUUGGACAUAAUGUCCUAACUUUGAAUCUAGCAGCUUCCACUUUUAAUUUAAUAAUAUAUAUGAUUUUUAGGGUAAACAAACAGUUUUGUAAUUAAUAUAAGCAUGCUAUUAAUUCAUAAACGGUGAAGCAGAAAGCGUGUGUAGUACGUGUAAGCAAGUGGAAUGUGAGAGUCCAACUAACUAACUAACAUCAACCGAUUCGAGCCCUCUUUUGUUUCUUUACGUACAUACAUGGAUACAUAGAUAGAUAGAGGGAAAGCAAAUUAAGAAGGGCAUAAUCAAAUUUUAACCCAUCUCAUCGGAGGCAAAGAGGGCUCUCUCCUCUCUUCCUCCGAUCAGAUCCUCCUCUGGUUCUGAUCUUCAUGCUUCCUCCUAUAUUGUUGGAUAAUUAACUCCAAAAAUAUAAUGGCUUCGGUUAGCUUCAAAUACUGGGAUGAUUGUGUGGAUCCUCAUGAUCUGGAAGCUAUGUGGAUCGAUCCAGACGUUAGAGCCGAAUGGCUUAAUGCUGGAGAAACUAAGGGAUCAAAAGUCCACCUCUCACGUGAUCCUGAUGGUCAGCCUUAUCUAACACAAACAGAAAUGAAGGCAGUAGCAGGUAUUAUUGUCCGAAGGCAUUUUGUAUCGCAGAUUGAUUUGGAUAUGCUUUGCUCUAUUGCUGAGCUUGAAAGUGACCGGCGGCUUCUUGCAACACGGUACAAUAAAAAGUCAAAAGAGAUUACUAUGGGAAUUAUGCAGAUUUUGCCAAAAACUGCAGACUGGCUGGUGAGUGAUUUGGGUUACCGAACAUAUGAGGUGGCAAUGGAUUCAAAACUUCUUUACAAGCCUUUUGUAAAUGUAUAUCUUGGAGCUGCAUAUCUUAAGUGGUUAUCAAAUUAUGAACAAAAAGAGAGAAGUGAAGAGUUCAUGGUGAGAGCUUACAAGGGUGGUACUAAGAAGGCAAUUCACAAGUCCACUUUACCAUUUUGGAGAAGUUAUCUCUCCGUCAAAGAGACCCUGCCAUCGAGGAAUAUCUUUGACGUCAAUCCUUUGCCCCCUUCAGCAUCUGCUUCUGGAGUUCCUGAAAAGAAAGGUCCAGUCAAUACAACUUGGGACUCUAGAACUUCCGCAGAAGACAUGGAAGAAAUGUGGAAUCAUCCCUGUGUGAGCAAGGAGUGGGGCAAGUCAGGGGAGAAAAGAGGCCAUGUGCGGUUUUCUCAUGAUACUGAAAAGAGACCAUAUCUUUCUCGGGUAGAACUGAGGGCAGUUGCAGAAGUAAUUGUUUCAAAAUACUUUAGCACAAGAGGGCUGAAACCUACUGUCCUAUGUGCUGUUUCUGAGAUCGUGACCAUGCGUUUUGUUGAGGGAAUUGGACAGCGUACUGGAUUAAUGGGAAUUGACUAUCCCACGGCACGCUGGCUUUACAAGGACUUGGGCUACAAGGCUUACAAAGUGGAGUCAGUUGAGGAUCUUACAAAGCCAUUUGUUUCCAUGUACUUUGGCGCGGCCUAUGUGGCUUGGCUAUCCAAGUACGAGGGAAGAGAAAGGAGUCUCCAGUUUGUUGUCCAGGCUUAUCUUGCUGGACCACAGAAUGUGAACCUGCAGGAGACCGGUCCUAUGUAUCUUAGAUUUGAGGAAGCACUGAGCCGUUAUGAAGAUUUAAAAAGGGAAGCAGCAGGUAGUUGUAAUAUUUUGUGAGCUCGUGGUACUACUACCAAGUCCAACUAUUUCACCAAAUCCUUGAAUGGUUGCUUAACAAUAUAGAAAGUAAAUAUUUGCAACAGCACCAGUGCAAUGUACAAUAUUCCAUCCAGUCUUACAUUGUUAUGUAAAUUUUCCCUCAUGUAUUUGUGUCAUAGUAAAAUAUAACUUCACUUAUACGGUCUUACUAUUAUGUUGAAAAAAUUUGUAUUAUAGUAAUACUUUGACUAC